AUGGAUACGGUAGAGGAACGAAAGUGGCUCUCCAGAGAGGAAAGCAGCUCGACCGGUAGGGGCCCGCUCGACCAAAGGGAGAGGGAGAGCGAGCAGGGCCAUCGAUUGACUGCCUCUCCCUAUUGGUCUUCGCUUCAUGUCCUGAAUAAGCAAUCGGAGAAGUCACUUAGAAGACGCAAGUGCCACCUUCGAGAAGUAAAUUGGGAUCAAAGAUCUCAAAGAUCAUGUUCUAAUAUCAUAGAAAGAAGAAAGAUCACUACAAUAGGUCUGACCUUACUUAGUGGCCCUUCUUUGAUGAGCAAGCUGGGAAUGAUCAAUCUCCAUUCGCUUGGAGGAGUGUUAGCGUAUCCAUCUUCUAUCAAUACUGAAGUUGGGAUUCAUGAAAGGUAUUAUCUGUAUUCUCCCAAUUCUCUAGCUAUCCUUCUGCUUUCUCUUGUGCUGGCCAGCCUUCUUAAGCUCUUUUUGAACUACCGUCUGACAUUGCCUGCUGUGAAAGAUCAAGAAAUGGCUUUACCGGUGGGUGCUCCCUGUCCAACUGGUACUUUCCUUAUGACUCCGACUGUGGUGAAGAUCCCAACAUGA